AUGUACUUGGCAGCUCAUAUAGCUUGCUGGUUGUGUAUCUUUGUUUUUCCAGAUGGUGAUGCCAUGUCGAUUAGACCAACCUCUUUCAAAAUGGCAAGUUUGAUGGCGUGCAAACAGAAAGUUGCCCUUACAGCUCCAGUUCUAGCCAGCAUCUACAAAGGGUUGAACACUAUCUCUAGUUCUAUGGAGCCUUCUCUUGUCCUGGUGACGCUACCCUUUCAUUUCAUAUAUGGUUGGAUAGCGCUCUAUUUCAACACUCACAUUCCCCUUCCAAGAAGCCUUGGUGUCGCCAAGAUGACUCUAUACUCAGGCGAAGGAGCUGCGAAGUAUUAUCUGCCUAUUGCGUGCCGCGAACGAAUUCAGUCGUACAAUUCGAUUCGCUGGAAUUGUACCACAUUCACCAAGGAAGAUGACAUUUUCCAUGUCGAUGGUGAAAAUACAAGAGAGAUUGAGCAAUGCUUCUUCAUGGCUAUUCGUUCGAGUUUUUUGGUUCGCCGGCUGGAUGACCACUUCAUCGUGGAGUCUUAUGGUCCUCACCGCUUCAGCCGUCAAUUUAGCUAUUACCAAAUCGUACCCAGCAGCCUUACUCAGAACAUUCGAAGGACAUCUUUGGAAGAAGGUCUCAACCUUUGGCGCAUGUGUUUGCUGCACAGAUCACGAUCAAGGGCAUGUUUUCCACGAUCUUCUUUGGACAUGAAGAUACAUUGUUCAGUCGACUAUAAGACUUGGUGGGAUAGGACGUACAGAUUUUCUUUUGAAAACAAAAUCUCUUCUCCGGCUCAUAUCACUUUUAAAAGAAAAGAUCAGGAAGAAGCAAUCAACUCCAAAGAUGGAAAGAGGAAGGUCGUCUCUACCACCCUUAUAGCUGAUUCUGGUAGUAGCAAUUCUGAGCGUAAUUGGAAAAAGAAGAGAAUUGCGGGGUCCUCAAAACCGGCCGAGGAUCACGUUGAGGAAGAGCCAACUCUAGUGGAUGCCGAUGUGAACAAGACUUUGAAAGAAGUGUUUGGAAAUAAUCUUGAGAAGGGCUCACCAAUCGACUGUGUAUCCAUUGAAUCCAAUAAGUCAAACGAGAUUCCUUGUCUUGCUAAACAAUCCCGCCCCCGACCAAUGCCAUCAUGUGGGGCGCCUUCCGAGUUCAAUGCCACACGCAUGAUUGAUGAUGAACUCAAGUCGUGCUGCAGGAUCAUCUGGGGAAAGCUUCGUGACAAGGUUGAGAGAACCAAAGUCGAGUUUCUAUCGGCGCUUGAAGACGAGAUACGGAGUGGCAUUUCCCGUAUGAAGAUUAUUUGUGGUCUUAACCUUUCCAACCUUGAAGAUAGUAUUGAUGAACUAUUCUCCAAAGCCACCGCUUUUGAUAAAGUAAGGUCGGCUUCUCAUGAGAUCAAUGAAGGCCACACACUCAAAGUUCGAGAGGUCAAGGUUUGCCUUCAAGAGAAGUUUGCCAAAGAGAAGAAGGAUGUUGCGAAUUGUGAUGCUUUAAAAACGGAUCUUGAUGAGUUGGAGAAACGCAAGAAAGAAUUGUUGGUGUCUUUGGAGCAGCGAAGCUUGAUACUCAAGACUACUCGUGGUGAGAUCAAGGUACUCAAGGAAGACCUGGCCAAGCUUGAAGAGGCUUCGAGAAAUGAUGAGGUCUUGAAGAAUUUGGAAGCCUUGAAGCUUUCACUAGAGUCUAUGCAGCAGAUUUUGAGAGAUCAAGACCCUUUUGCUUAGUAUAUUGCAUUUUUAUCAUUCCUCUUUUGAUGAUUCUCAUUUGGUUUGUCAUGGAUAUUUUGACAUCUUCUCCCAAUGCUUGUGCUUCUUUUGAUGACUUGAUUUCUUUGCUAUUUUGGAAUGAAACGUCUUUGGCUUCACAUAA